UAAGAGAUAUUUUUAUUAUUAAAAAAAUUCCGUUAGAUAACAGGGUCAUGUGUGUCUAACCAGGGUCUAGGUGAUCAACGGCUACCAAGUUAUAAUAUUACGGUGGAGUUAAUACGUUAGUAUCGAAAAUACAGUCUAAAAACAUUUUGGGAACUUUUAAAGUGUCAAUGAAAAUUAGCGAAAUAUCAAAAUUGCGCUCUCUCGGUGCAAAUAUUUCGGGCAUUAUGCGUUAUCGAACAGAACUUAUAAAUCGGUUACAGAAUUUCAUAUCGACUUUCAUUUUCAUUGUCAUCAAUUUGAUCACAUCCCUGGUUGUUUUCAUCAAUUUGUUUACUUUAGAAAUUUAUUUUAUAAUUAUCGUUGUACCUGCAUUUCAUUACAUCCAAAAUUUUGCAAUGUUGUGCAUACUUUGUUGUAAAUAUGCUAACAGCUGUUUAAACAUAUUUGACGAAAAUGAAAUAAAAUUGGGAAUUGCUGAUAUAAUUGGGAUACACUUUUGGUUCAAGCCAAUUCCGGAGGAGAACAUAUCGGCAGUGAUUUGCUCCGCAUGUUGGUCAAAAGUAGACGAUUUUCAUCAAUUUUAUUUGUCGGUGAAAGAUGCAAAUACCAACCUCAAUAGUAAGAUGAAAAUUGAACCUUCAGCAGAAUUUGAUUUCAUUGAAUCUCUUGAUCACGAUCUAAGUCCCAAAGAAGAACUGACAGAAGAAGCAUGUCCAUUGGGUGAUAAAUCUCUUGACCAUUCAAAUCAAAUUGUGAAUGAAUUUUGGGAAGUAGAGAUGCCUUGUUGCACAAGUAAUGAGGCCACACAUGCUGAUAAUGAAUUGGCUAAUCCAUUUUGUGAGUUGGACUCUAACAAAACACUAAAUGACGCCAUUUGCAGUAAUGAUGAAUCCAGAGAUGAAAUAAUUCCAUCGCUGAUAGAGAAAGGUAAAACAAUAAGAGGUCGCGGGAUAUGUAAGAAGAGUAAAGUUGCCAAAAAAGUGGCACAUAAAAUUCAUAAAGAAGAACGCACAAUUAAGUUGAGGCACCGGUAUGUUGUCAAGUCGAAAUUGGAAGAUGAUGCGAUGGUAAAAAAAUAUAUACCCAUGAUUUGCGAGUUGUGCACAUUUAUCGGCGAAGACUAUUCAUCUGUGGCAAAACAUUUCCGCAAAGAGCACGCGAAAGUUAAACCAUACAUAAGGUGCUGCAAUAAAAAGCUGUUUCUUCGUCAGGACAUUAUACACCAUGCCUACAGGCAUGAUAAUCCAGAAUUCUUUAAAUGCAAAGAGUGCCAAAAAGUUUUUGCAGAGCAGUCGACACUAUCUCGUCACAUGAUUACUGUACAUACACCAGAAGAAGAACUCAACUUUUGUUGUGAUCAAUGCCCAAAAAAAUUCUCUCGGCAAGAGAAAUUAGAAAUCCAUAGAAACUCACACGUGCCCAUGGAAGAACGAGCUUUCGCAUGUGACCAAUGUCCCAACAGUCGUUUUGCUACCAAUGAACUUUUGAAAGUACACAUAUGUGCGCGACAUCGGCGGGCUCCCAAUGUUUGUCAUGUUUGUGCUAAGGAAAUACGUGAUAAGGCUUCAUUCGAGAAACAUGUACGAGCACAUUUCGAAGACGGUGCCCCAAAAGCAAAAUGUCCGAUAGAAAAUUGCAAUCUUUGGCUGAAAGAUGAGGAUUAUCUUCGGCGUCACAUUCGUAGAGCUCAUACUAAUCAAGAGAAAGCAGUUACUUGUGAGAUUUGUGGUGGAGUCUAUAAAAACAAAUAUUCGCUGACAGUACAUAAAGGCCGAGUUCACUCAAAUGUGGUAUUCACUUGUGAAGUUUGCAAAAAAAACUUCAAGCGAGCCCUUUACUUACGGGAGCAUAUGACUCAACAUACUGGGGAAAUACUCUACAAUUGUCAAUUCUGUACUCGCACUUUUAAUUCCAAUGCGAACAUGCAUGCACAUAAAAAGAAAAUGCAUCCAGUCGAAUGGGAUAAUUUGAGGAAAGCGAAUAAAAACAUAUGAAAUAUUUACUAUGUGAAAAAGCUGAUACGGUUUAUUAGUUUAUUUUAGUCUACUUUGCUGCAACCAAAAAUAAGUGGUCGACAUUAAAUUGAACUGUUUUAAUCAUUUAA